GAUAGGAUUGAGGCAUUACGCUUUUGCCCUAUCAAGUUUUUGGCGCCGUUGUCGGGGACUGCCAUACCUUAUUUUUGUUGAUUUUUGUGAGUGAACUAGUUUGAUCUGGGUGUUAGUGUGCAGAAGAAUUUUCAGGUUUAUCUUCCUCGUGCAUGCCAAGGAGAACGAUCGACAAUUUACUGCCACUUGAUCCAUAGAUAGAGAGGACCUGCCGACAGAACAGGAAGCAGGUCAAGUUAGGGAAGCAGCCAACCACAACCACAACUCCUAGGCCUUCCCUAACCCAUAAUCGUCAACAGAGAGGGCAUGCUUCAUCACCUGUCGUCCCUACACCACCACCAUCACCUCGUAACCUUGAACCUGUCAUCAUGGCAGACGAGGAAUGUUCGAUCAGGGCUCGUUUGAAUUGACGGACUGGAGCCCGAGCUUCAUGUGUUGUCAUUCCGGCUAGGGAUGCAACCAUGGAGAUUACCCCCAGCAUUUAUCAACAUGAUCACCAAUGGAUAUACUUUCUCCGGGGCUAGCAAUGAGGAUCCUCACGAACAUCUCCGCCGGUUUGCGAGCAUUUGUGAUACGAUGAAGAGCCCGACUGUGUCUGAUGAUGCAAUCCGUCUUCGGAUGUUCUCAUUCUCUCUGAUAGGGAAUGCAUCACACUGGUUUCAGAACUUAACACCACGUUCCAUCACGACAUGGGCUCAGCUUGAGAAGGUCUUUCUAGAUAAAUACUUCCCACCUGCCUUGGCAAUGAAGAGGCAAGAAGAGAUUGUUACUUUUAAGCAGGCUGAUGAUGAGAGUCUGAUUGAGGCAUGGGAGCGCUAUAAGGGGCUAUUGAUGAGAUGCCCAAGCCAUGGUCUUGAAGAUUGGAACGUGAUCAUUAUUUUCUUCAAUGGAAUCAGAAGGGAGUUUCGGGAUGCCCUGAAUAAUGCUUCUCGAAAUGGUUUCACAAGCACGGAGGCACCAGCAGCAUAUGAUCUGGUAGAGAAGAUCUGUCAGAAGCCACUGAAUGGGUAGUGAGACCAGUAUUCGAAGAAGAGGAGGCUUGCAUGAGAUAAACAUUGUUGUGAGUCUAGAAGCCAAGAUAGAUGCCAAAAUGGAUUUUAAGUUCGAUGCACUCGAACGAAGGCUAGCCAAGAUUGCUCUGGGUAGACAAGAGGAGGUUGUUUCAUGUGAACUUUGCGAGGGUCCUCAUCAUAGAGAUAUGUGUCCAAUGGGAUCUGCUCAGUUGGAAGAUGUCCAAUAUAUCAAUAAUCCGCGAAGUCAAGGCUAGGGUGGUAUGUAUUCAAAUACAUACAACCCUCAAUGGAGACAUCACCCCAACAUGUCAUGGUCAAACAAUAAUCCAGCUGGUGUUCGAAACAUCCCACCUCCUGGUUUUCAACAGCAGCAGCCUCAACCAGAGAAGAAGCCCCAGCUGGAGGAGUUGAUUUUGGCUCAUAUGCAGAAAACAAACAAUAAUUUCAAGGGUCUUGAUCAAUUUGUCACUCAACAGCUAGCCAUCAACAAUAAUAUGCAAUCAUCUAUGCUAGCUAUGGAGAGGCAAAUAGGCCAGAUGGCUCAAACUUUGGCAGAUAUUCAAGGUAGGAUUCCUGGGACUUUACCAGCAAAUAAUGAGAGGAAUCCGAAGGACGCCAUGGUUGUAGCAGUCACAUUGAGGAGUGGGAAGGAUUGGAGGAUCCAAAGAGCAAGAAAAAUCCAAUAGAAAAGGAGGGCAAAGCAGCUGCAGAGGAAGAAAGUGCAAAAGCUGAAAAAUCUGACUUGAACAGGCAAACUGCAUGCAAUCUGUUUGUGCAUGAGCAAUCUGCCAGUGCAACUCCAAAAGUGGAAAAACUCAAGAAGGAAGAGGUAAAGCCUUAUUAACCUCCCGCACCAUUCCCUCAGAGGUUAAUGAAGCCCUUGGAAGACCCAAACUUCAUGAAAUUUGUGAAUAUAUUCAAGCAACUUCA